AUAGAAAAAAGAAAAGAUUGCUUUUGGGACUAUUUUCGCAAAGAAGCUGAAAAGUGUCCAUCAAUGGUGAUUGUGAAAGGUGGGACGAGACCGCCAUGGGUGGGCUUGGGAGCAGCGGUUUGGGUUCAGAUUGCGUCAGGGAACUCCUACAGUUUUUCCCUGUACUCUCACUCUCUGAAAUCGGUUCUGGGUUUCAACCAGAGACAGCUGACGUUGUUGGGUGUGGCUAAUGACAUAGGUGAAAACGUUGGCCUCAUUCCUGGCAUCGCAUGCAACAAGUUCUCUCCUUGGGUUGUCUUGCUUAUUGGCGCCUUGGCUUGCUUUUCUGGCUAUGGUGUUAUCUGGCUUGCCGUCUCCCGCACUGUUGAGUCAAUCCCUUACUGGUUGUUAUGGAUAGCCCUUUGCAUUGGCACUAACAGUGCUGCCUGGUUGACGACGGCUGUGCUUGUAACUAACAUGAGAAACUUCCCUCUUAGUCGUGGGACUGUUGCCGGUAUUCUCAAAGGUUAUGGAGGGAUUAGUGGGGCUGUGUUCACUGAAAUUUACAGUGUGCUGCUCCGUAAUUCUUCCACUUCACUUCUAUUGUUCCUUGCUAUUGGGGUUCCGGUCCUAUGUUUAGCAAUGAUGUAUUUCGUUUGGCCUUGCACUCCAGCUUCCGGUGAAGACCCCGCUGAGCGUGGCCAUUUUCUUUUCAUCCAAGCUGCAAGUUUCGUGCUCGCUGUAUAUCUUUUGACAACUACGAUAUUAGAUGAUGUCCUCAAUUUAAGUUCUCUAGUUUCCAACGUAAUUGUUCUCGUAAUGGUUUUGCUUCUUAUGGCCCCACUUGCAAUUCCUGUAAAAAUGACAUUGCACCCUUCUCAAGGCAGCAGAUCGGGGACACUUGAACACAAAGGUGGUUCUUCAGAAAGUCUGAUCCCACAAGAAGGCAGUGGAGAGAAAACUGAACCCCUGAUCUUGCCGUCUCCAUCGACAGGAAUUCAAGGAAGCUUUUACGACGGCGAUGAUGUUUCUGAUGUCGAUAUGCUUCUUGCUGAGGGUGAAGGAGCUGUGAAGAGGAAGAGAAGGCCCAAAAGGGGGGAGGACUUCAAAUUCACCGAAGCAAUAGUCAAGGCUGAUUUCUGGCUUUUAUUCUUCGUGUUCUUUGCAGGGGUUGGUUCUGGGAUAACUGUUCUCAAUAAUCUUGCUCAAAUUGGGAUCGCCCAAGGCCUUCAUGAUACAACAAUCCUGUUGUCUCUAUUCAGCUUUUGCAACUUUUUGGGUCGUCUUGGUGGUGGUGUUGUUUCUGAAUACUGUCUAAUGUGGAAGACAAUUCCUCGGACUGUUUGGAUGACAUUCACCCAAAUAAUCAUGAUCAUUGCAUACCUGCUGUUUGCUUCUGCUAUCAAUGGCACCCUAUAUGCAGCUGUCGCCUUACUCGGAGUCUGCUUCGGUACCCAGGUUUCCAUCAUGAUCCCAACCGUCUCUGAGCUCUUUGGCUUGAAACAUUUCGGUCUAUUUUACAAUAUCAUGUCGAUAGGAAAUCCUCUUGGUGCUUUGCUUUUCUCCAGCCUGCUUGCAGGGUAUGUAUACGAUAACGAGGCAGCAAAGCAGCAAGGACUUUAUCCAUCUGAUUCUAGUAGCACUUGCUUGGGUCCAAAUUGCUUCCGACUCACUUUUUUCGUUUUGGCCGCUGUCUGUGGUGUGGGCACACUCUUGAGCAUUGUUUUGACCAUUAGGAUAAAGCCUGUUUACCAAAUGCUUUAUGCAGGGGGUUCCUUCAGGCUUCCACAAAGCACUAAUCAUUAAGGGCAUCCUUUGUGGGAACGUCCUAGUCAAGCUACUUCAGCUCUUUUCUGUUCUACUUGUAGUGUUUGUGACGCAAUAUAUUGUGGUUUGAGCCACAAUUGGAGCCUGAUAUGAAUGGAUCUCAAGUCACGAGUAUGAGAAAAUUUUUCUACACUCAAAUGGAUACUUAAAAGUUUUAAUAAAAAGCUCACAUGAAGGGUGUUUGAUAUGAAAAGCCAUGUUGCUCCAACCCCCUUCCUCAAACAACAUUCUCUUACUAUGAAUGAGGAAUAUUUAAAAGAACUAGUUAAAGAGUUCAACUAUCAAAUGAUGUUAAGAAGCAAGCUGGGGGUAGCAAAACAUUGGGUUUUGUACUUGGAUAAGAAAAAACAUUAAUACCCACAACAAGAGAGCUUGCAGGUGUAAUAAGUUCUCGAUUGAAUGACAGUUGCUGCUAGUCUAUUUUACAAUAUUAGUCUGAUUUCUGUUUAGUGGUUGGAAAUUCAAGAAAUUUGUAUGCGCUUAUGCCUUUGUCUUCCUCUUUAAUGAAAAAUAUUAU